CUCUCUUCCAAUGUUUAAAGUUAUUUGUUUAUUUUUUAAACGGAGUAUGAAUUAUGUUUAACAUGCCACGAUUUUGCUCUGCCAUAACGGUCUGUUAGGGUUUAAGGGGAUGUUGUUUCGAGUGUUUGUGUCGGCUGAAAAAAAAAGUACAGACCGGUUGCUAGCUAAUCCAAGCUAAGUUAGCAAAACUAGCCUGGGCAUAUUAGCGCUGUUGAACCGGCCACGUCCAAAACAUUAUACUCUACUAACUAUCGUGAAACAUUUAUAUAUAUGUAUAUAUACAAACUGAGGUUUCUGGGUAUUUUUCCGACAUGAUCUCGAGUAAAGAAGGACAGAAGCCUGUAGCCGUUCUCCUGUAAGCCUUUGUGGAUAAUGCGCUCGUGAGGUUUUAACAGCUGGAGGUCUCGCUAUAUAUUUUUUCAAAACCCCCCGAAAUCCGUCAGGUUUAAGGGUUUCCCACGACGUGUCAUUGUCACUUCCUGAUAGGAAAACGUUUUUUGGCACAUACUAGUCAAAGUCCUGGUGAAACUAGUUUAAUUUGCACUUAGUUAGUCAGCAAAAAAUCGCCUGCUACCUCGGCUAGCUACCACCUGCUGGUUGUCUGGCUAAUUUACAAUGAGUCGUUAGCUAGCAUGCUGCUGUGUGUGUUCCUGCUUUGCAAUAACAACAAAAGAAAGAAGGUGACCGCUCAUUAUAACCACGAAUUUCAAGCCACUGGUCUGUAGUAAAGACCAAUUUAAAACAACAAGGUUAGGGUGAAAAAUAUUGGCACCCCUGUAUGAGCAUUAUUUUCUCAGUCAACGAGCAUCCAGGAAAAAGUAAACAGUACAGAAACCCUGAUGGAGAAACCAUGAGCUAGACUUUGUUAUUGAAUGAAAUAAGCCGCAUUGAACUCCUUUUUCAGCUUCCACCCUGAUAUGUUUAUUGAUCAACUGGCUUUUCAGAGUGGUAUCGAAGUUCUUUUGAACAAAACAGGUUCGGUUUCCUUUAACACCGGUCAAACUGGUUAAUACGUGCGAAUAAAGAACAAUAUAAUACAGUUAUUCGGUGUUGAUUAAGCGUUACUCAUCCCCAGCACUGAGCGUUGGUGGAUUGGAACCCUGAAGAAGAUCCUGUCCUGCCUUCGCAGCACUCCCUGUGAUGCUGACGAAAGCCAUGUGUUUUUGACAAAAUCACAGAAGCCAAAGCAAACGUUACAGCUCGCGUCAGUGUUCUGUAUUGUUUAAUUGCUUAUGAAAACAUACUUGUCUGUGUAAUCGAACAGGUAUUUAAAUGGAACAAAAUUCUGUUUAGGGAAAAACUUCAGAGUAACAUAUUCUAGAUACAGAUAUAGGCUAUCACAUGUUGGUUCAAAGUCAUUGUUUAAUUGUGGCCUAGGAACUAAAAUGGACCCUGGUUCUAGUGUCCUGCAGUUUGGGAAAAUCCUUAUCACUCACUGGGCUGAUCUGUUUGUGGAAACCUUUAUUAUCUGUUUCCAUACUCGAGUAUGAUGCAAUGUAAUACUCAGGAGUGUGUGAUAGGAAGGAUGUUGGUUUAAAUGAGUUUGGGUUUUUGUGUUGAUCUGGUGUCGUAGCUGAUCAGGACUCGUGAUGAAUAACCAUCUGUUUAAGUUACAGGAUGAAAGAUGGACAGAAGGAGAAGUUUUUGUGUCUGUAGAUGUCCUGUGUGUUUGAGAAGCUCUUCUUUCCACUUGCUGUUUAAUGACGUUGGAAAGCUGUUACAGGUACAAAAUGGGACUCCUUCAAGCACAAGCUAUAACGGGGUAGACGCCCUGCACGCCUGCACCAUUCUCCAGCAGCUUAAAGCCCUGUAUGACGAAGCGCAGCUGACCGACAUCGUGGUGGAGGUGGACAAUGGAGAGACCUUCGCCUGUCACAGAAAUGUGCUCGCUGCCAUCAGUCCUUACUUCAGAUCAAUGUUCACCAGCGGCCUUACGGAGAGCAGCCAGCGCGAGGUGCGCAUUGUGGGCGUGGAGUCGGAGUCCAUGAGCCUGGUGCUGGACUACGCCUACACGUCACGCGUCGCCCUGUCCGAGCACAACGUGCAAGCUCUGUUUACGGCAGCAAGUCUCUUCCAGAUCCCAGCGCUGCAAGACCAGUGCGCUCACUUCAUGAUCAGCCGGCUGGAGCCACAGAACUGCAUCGGCGUGUUCAUGUUUGCUGACGCGUACGGACACCGGGAGCUCCGCGAACGUGCCCAGGAUUACGUGCGCAGGAAGUUUCUGUGCGCUGUGGAUGAACCAGAGUUCCUGCAGCUGACCAAGGAGCAGUUGGUGGGAAUUCUGGAUAGUGACGACCUCAACGUGGAAAAGGAGGAGCAUGUGUACGAGGGCAUUGUGCGCUGGCUAGAGCACGACCCUGUGCGUCGGCAGCCCUUCCUCGCCGACGUCUUCGCCAAGUGUAUCCGGCUGCCGCUGUUAGACGAGGCCUUCGUGAGCCGCAUCCCGGCCCCUUUUGCCCUGGCGCUACCCAUGGAGCCUACGGAAAAGAGCCGGCAAAACGGUGCCAACGGCUGCCCGCAGCGCCUCGGCAUGACCGCGUCCGAGAUGGUGAUCUGUUUUGAUGCGGCACACAAACACUCGGCCAAGAAGCAAACGGUACCGUGUCUGGACACAGCCACGGGCAAGGUGUACAAGCUGUGCAAACCGCCUAACGACCUACGUGAGGUCGGCAUCCUGGUCACGCCCGAGAACGACAUCUUCAUCGCCGGAGGCUAUCGGCCUGGCAGCAGCGAGACGUGCAUAGAUCAUCGAGCGGAAAGCGACGUCUGGCAAUACGAGCACGCAGGCAACCGGUGGCUGGCACGUGCGUCCAUGCUGAGAGCGAGGAUCGGAUGCCGCCUGGUGCACUGCUGCGGGAAGGUGUACGCCCUCGGAGGACGCGUUUACGAGGGUGACGGGCGCAACGCUCUCAAAUCAGUCGAAUGCUACGAUGCCAGGGAUGAUCGCUGGAUAGCCGUUAGUCCGAUGCCUGUUGCCAUGGAGUUUCACAGUGCUGUAGAGUAUAAGGAUCGCAUCUAUGUGCUCCAAGGCGAAUACUUCUUCUGCUUUGACCCCCGUAAGGAUUACUGGGGCCACUUGUCUCCCAUGAACAUCCCCCGCAGCCAAGGACUAGCAGCGCUGCACGAGAACUGUAUCUACUACAUCGGCGGCGUGUGCCGCAACCACCAGCGCACCUUCACCGUGGAGGUGUUUGACCUCGAGCAGAACAGCUGGAGCCAGCGACAGGACUUGCCCUUCGAGCAGGCUGCCAGCCCUUACAUCAAAGCAAUGAUGUUAGGAGGACAUCUGCACCUGUUUGUGCGUGCCACCCAGGUCACGGUGGAGGAGCACGUGUUCCGCACUAGCCGCAAGAACUCUCUAUACCAGUACGACGAGCAGGACGACAGCUGGAGCAAAGUUUACGAGACACCGGAGCGCCUCUGGGAUCUCGGCCGCCAUUUUGAGUGCGUCGUAGCCAAGCUGUACCCUCAGUGUCUCCAGAAAGUGCUUUGAUUGACGGAGAAAUCAGGAAGCAGGGAUACUUUGGGUUUUUUUGGUUUGUUUGUGUGUUUGUUUGUUUUAGGAGAUGGGGGAGUCAGUAGUUCUGGUCCCCACCUAUGGUGCUGUUCGAGUCCCCAGACAUGGGAGGAGGAAAGUCUUAAAGUCGAGCGAUAUUCAGUGACCUCAGAGGAGUGCUUAUUUGUGAAGACGGCAGUAUUUUUAAUCUGUAAGAGACAAGAACAAAGUGUCCUCGCUGUUGCUUGUUUUACAGUUAAAACAAACAAAUUCUAAGUGCAAUUAUCACAUUGUUUGUGUCUUGAGCCAUUUUGUUUUUUUCUUCUAUCUUUAAGGCUUAGGCGGGGGGGGGUGUUUUUUGUUUUUUUCGUGUGCAGUGGAACGCAGUUAUAGAUGACGUCCUUUUUGCAAAGGAUUAGCAGCGUGUGUCGAAAAUGACAAAGUAAUAAAAAAUAUAUAAAUAGCUAUAUAUAUUCAUACGGGUCUGGUGGGAUGAGGUGCCCAUCGUUAGGUAGCUAGAAUACUGAAUAAUUAAUCUUAUUGUUUUGUUCUCUUCUUAAAGAUCCUUUAAACCAGCUAUGGAGAAACACUCUCUUGGUUUUGUCUUUAAUUAUUUCGUGGUUAUGUAAUCAUUAAUAUAGAUUAGUCUAAUUGUGAGUGGCUGAUUUAUUUGAUUUUCUCUUCAUAAGUAACUUUUUUUUUUGUGGUUGUAAGUUUGCCUUUUAACACGUCUCUCUGAAAUGCUUUAUUGAUCGUUUUAGGCUUUUCAGUUCAGGUUUUUUUCCCCUUCUUGUCCAUCUCAGCUGCACCUCACAAAUUUUUGGCGUUUCUCAGGGCCUCCACCUGCGGAGAGCCAGAGUUCUAUCCGUUUUGGUGCUUCGAUGCUUCAAUGUAACUCAUCAGCUGACGCUCAAGCCCUUUUUUCUUUUUUGCUAGAACAGGAGAAAGAAUAAAACACUGUAACUGUUAGUUGUGAUCUGAGAAAUGAUGAUGAUCUGAUACGCGGUUGUAAACUCGAACCUCUCCAGCUAUAUAUUUGCGAUUUCUUGUUUUGUGUGUUUGUGCGUGUAUCACCAGUGCCAUUUUAGCGAGGAUACAACGUUAUCCUCGGCCUCCAUAUUGGAGUGGAUCAGUGUAGUCUACUGCAGAACUGGUGCAGUUUAAGCUACGGUUAAAACAAAGGGUUCUCUCGUCUUCGCUUCUGAGGACACACCAUCCCGAUUUAGACCUGGAAGAGAAAAUCCCAGAGAUUAAUAUUGUUCGCUUCCUGUUGUCUGAUUGCUAAGCUCUGAACCCGGCUUUGUCGGAUACUCUCUCGGCUGCACGUGUAUCAAAAAAACAAACAAAAAAGGUUUGAUGUCAUACCAGGGCUGUGGAGUGACACCAAGAAGCAGGGAGACAUUUAUUUAUUUGUUUUGUGUUUUUUUUUUUAAAAGAUCGGUGCAAACAGGACCACUUUUCACAUGCAUUAAUCUUUGAGUUUGAAACAAAGAAAAAACCAGACGACUCUCCUUUCUAAAAGGAGGCCUCGUAAAGAAGCAGAAUGUUUUAACGUCUUUAACGUGCAUUAGGUAUGAGGUGUGAGAGGUUCCAGCUCAUCCUGGAUGUUGGCUUGUUUUGGGAAAACAUCGAUAUGUGAAGCAUCCGUUCAUCAUCUGGAGAAUUUUAAGAAAGAAAUGUUAUUCGGUGCUGCUUUUAUUUUUUCCUUUUUUUUGACAAUCCUGUACAGAGAUACGCUUUUGUUGUUUGUUUUUCUUUUCUUUUGAAGCCACUGGGUUAGCAUUAUUUGCUUUGUUGAUUGUCAGUUCCUGUGGCAUGCUGAUCUUGCACUACAUUUACGCUCAGUUUCAAUCGCAAGCUCGACUUAAUCACACACACACACACACAGCAAAGCCAUUACAGAACACCGAUCUCUUCUUUUCGAUAUUAGUGACCGCUCUGCUCCACGCCCCGGGGACCCCGCGAGGACGUGAUGACGUGGCCACACGCUUGUCGAAUCGGUGGUGGAAGCGCACGUGCCGUAUUCUCUGGAGUUUUCUCGUUCGGAGUCGUCGGAUCUCUGAAAGAGGGAUGGAAGCUGUAUGAGCUUAGCUGGUGCAAUAAGUUGCCUUUGGUCAAGACUUCUUUGUAAACAAAGCUCAGUAGCAUGAGAACCAGAACCGGACCAUUCUCAGGAUAAAUUACUGAUUAAUACCCAGUACUGUAUUGACAACUGUUUGAUAUUCAUGUAAAAUACUGUAACAUGUAUAAGUUGCUGUACUUGCACAGUUCUUUUUUUUUUUUUUAACAGGAUUUUAUUUACUUUAUCUUUUUUCGACUUGAAAUAAUAGAUGUGUUUUUUUUUUUUUGAUUUAUUUCCAUUUUACUAAUGAGUGAUUUAUUUUCUAUUUUAAAUCCAGACGUGAGUAGAGUUUUUUUUUUUUUUUUUAAA